AUGACACAUGUGCUUCCACAGAGAUUGAUGCCAGAUGUUUCGGGCAAGGUGACCAAGGCUUCAGUGGAGAAGAAGGAACUGGAGUCACAGCUACAGCGCAGCUUGCAGGAGCUCAUGGAGCAAGCUGCCAAGAUUUUCGAUCCGUGGUGCGAUGAUCAGAAAUCACGCUCAGAGGAAGAAGCAGAGAUGGUGAAACUUCGAGAGAAGCUUUCAGCUCGCGAGGAUGAGCUGGUUUCAGUGCGAUCCCAAGUUGAAUCACUGAAGAAGGAGGUAUGCUCGCUUGAGGCCAAGCGCUUGAAAGAGCAGCUUGAGGCAUCUGGUGCUGAGCGCGAUUUUUCGAAGCAGCUAGCCACCUUGAAGGAGGACACUGUGAGACAACGCUGUGAGGAGCGGGCCAAGUUUGAUGCUGAGCAACAAAGACUCCGAGAGGAAAAGGAUAUCCUACAAGUGAGGAAGAAGGACUUAGAGGCGACAGAGGGCGAGCUGAGAUCCGUGCGCGCGGAGCUGGAUGAGAUGCUAAAAGUGAAGGAUGAGCUGACGUCAGAGAAUGAUGCCUUGGAGACAAAGCUUCAGGCACAAGGCGAGCUGGAGCAAGAGCAGCUAGACGCGGCUGAAGCCUUGGUGUCAGCUGGGCAAGACUUCGAUGAGCUGGAGCAGAAAACCGAUUCAAAAAACCGGCGCUUGGAGGCACAGCUGGUCGAGGUCACGGAGUUGCUUGCCACUGCAGAAGAGACGGUGGAGGCGCUAACACAGGAGUUGGAACAGCUGAGGGCUUCCAGCAGCGCGCAGCUGGCGGAGAAUGAAAGCAAAAGGAAGGAGCUGGAGUUCCACCUGGAGGACACUGAGCAGCGCUUGGCGCGGGCACAGGAUGAUUUGUCCCAGCGGUCGCUGGAUGCUGCAGAGGCUUUGACACAGCUAGGAGAGGAGCUUGCCAAUGUGUCGCAUGGUCGCAAGGUUUUGGACCUGCCCCCUUUUUUAAGAUGA